AGCUGAUGUGUGUCUCACGCUCGUCGAAGCUCGAGCCUGGAUGCCUGGAUUUGCACUGGCGAAUGGCGAAAGCAUCUCCACAAAGAUUUUGCCACUAGCUGGACCAAUGCUUGGGCUACUCGUAAACAUCUAGCUAGUUUAUGCUGCCAUCUAUAGUUGCCAUUGCCGUCUCCUCAGGACCAGGUGCAAAGGAAAGAGGAAAGUACCGAUAGUCAUACGUACAAGUGGCUUCUCUCUCUUAUGCAAUUGACCCACGAAUCGCUUGCUCCACCGGAAUACUGCAGUGUUGUCGUCUUCGAAUUCCAAAAGUUGGACUGACUGGGAGUCUCCAGAUCAGGAAACCGGUCGAGGUGUCCACAAUAUUGCAUCUGAGAAGCUACAAACUACACAGCAAGGGCAUUACUCAACUUUGGGCAGAAACAAUGAUGCAUCAAGACCCAACCAAACAGGGAGACGGGAAGGAAGAUGAGGAGGAUGUCUCAAGUCGAAACUAUGGGAGCGCAAUGAUACCGCUGGGGCCCGAAUUUCAACCGGGUGAAUCCGACGUCAUGGUUGGGCGUGGGAAGAUGUGCAGGGAAUGGUCAGGGAACACCAGAUUUCGCGAUCUAGUUGCCUCCAGGCUUGACGAGUACUCUUCAGCAUCCAGCAAGCUUGAAAAGAGCGCCAUUGUAACCUCAGUGCUCUUUGCUGUGCGCAACAAGUCUCCCAAUGGCGGUUUCAUCAAGAAGGACCCGCUGACCGGAGAGUGGUAUGAGGUGGGCGAUUUCGUUGCCAGGGAACGGGUCACUCAGUCAUUCCGUGAUGCUCUUCAUGACAAGUAUCGAUCUAGCAACAGCUCCAAGAAGAAAAGGAGAAAGGAAGAGUUGAAGAAAGCCAAGGCGGAACAGACAGAGUCUCCAGCGAAGAAAGCAAAGACAGAACCCGACGCACUCCGAGCCGCAUCAGCUCAACAUUCAGGACAGAUAUCUCUUGCAGGGCUCCAGAGCAGUGCCAAUCCUGCAAUGACAAUGGAACACCACGCUUCUUUGCUGCUGCAUCCUUCUUCUUUGGCGGGCGGGCCCGUCCCUUCCGACCUCACUUCCAGCCUCCCGCCUCUGUCUGCUUCAAGUCAAGCUUCUUCGGUCUUCGCAUCUGGGUUACCAUCAAUCCUUGAGCCAAGUGAUCCCCAGCAAGGCACGGCGCAGCAACUUCAAGCGUUCCAGAUGCAAAGCCGCGGUGGCAGUGGCGGCCUGUUUCAAAACAUUGACCAGCAACUGCAGGCAUUGCAAAGGUUGAAUUCUGUUAAUCAACGCCAACCUGAAUCUUACCCUCAGAGUUGGUUCAGUGUGAAUCAACAACAGCAACAACCAUCAGCUUUGAGCAGAAUAGCAUCGAUAACAUCUGGGGUUGCUGCCGCGGGGAGCGUACAAAACCAGGGUAAUCCCAUCAUGCCGGGACAUGUAGCAAGUGCUUCACUUUUGGGACCAGCAACAACGGCAAUCAACCCAAGUUCACUCGGCCCUUUCGCUCCCGCAGCUUGUGAAAGCUUCACUCCUGCUUUACUUGCUUCGGCACCGGUGAGCUUCGGUGCAUACGCAGAUGAUGACAAUCCCUUUGAGCCAGUACCGAUCGCUGAGGACAUAUCAAGGCGAAACUCUGCCAGAGGCGGAGAAGAAAAGACAGGGUGAACAACGGGUUGUGCAAGGGGCUGCUAUAGCUAUGUAUUCAUAACGAUUUGCGCAUUUGUUGCCAAGCGCUGAAAGUCAGCAAAAUAAAACCUGGAUAAACGGGCAGUAACAUUGUACAUAGACACCGCCGCGAUUCACUAAAACAUUGUGGAUGUUCUACUGUUGCCAACAGCACUCUUAGCGUGGACAUGAAUGACGUCCUAUUGUUCGAGCUUGGGGUUGCAGCUGAAGAGUCAUCUGCGUCUUGGCGAGUUAUCCCGGCUUCGCCAACUAUCGAUAUGUAUAUAAUCAGUGAGGAGUCAUCUGGAGCUUUUGUCUCAACCCCGAUGCAAGAAUGUUCCAAUCACAACUUCUUUUGGCAGCAUGAAGGUACCAGGUAUCGGGUUCAGUAUCAAGGCCUCUUGAUCAUGAAGGUCCAAGUAUUUUUCAUACCACCUCUGUCCGAGGGUAUAGUGAGAUUCAUCGAAGAGAAAUAUUUUCAUGGUGACUGCAUGCCUUGAAGAUGUCCACGAAAAUGAGGAAGCCGGAAGAUGGCAAUGGUUGGGCUUUGACGGGCGGCCUUGAGCCGUGACAGGACCCAAUAGCGGAUAAAGUGUUGAUGGCGUUACAGUUGAGGAAUACGACUAUGUUAGCCCAAGUGAGAACUGGACCAAAAAGAUUGCAAAAGAUUGCAACGAAAUGCCAAAGAUACGGUUUGAUUGUUCCCGUUUCUUUUCAACAACGGACUACAAGCCCAAACAAAGCGUUCAUAAGAUUUUGUCGCCUUGAAGAUUUCAAUGGAAACAACGAAGCUGAAAGAUCACGAUUGUUGGGGAAGAGGCUUAUAGGAUCCAGCCGAUGGAGUGAAUCUGAAGCGACAGCUUGACCGAAAGAAUACAAUGGAAAUGCGGUAGGACACACAGUGUGUUCCAGGUUGUUUGACAUCUGAGAGGCAUUUCCUUCAACAGCGACGUCCACCAGCCGAUGGAAGAGUUGUUUUGUAUUGAAGUUGUGGACCAAGGAAGAGCAAGACUAACUACUGGUAUAGUCCGGUGGAUCUGAAGUCUGAAGUGACAACUCAACCAAAAAGACGGCACACAAAAUCCAAGCCUCUUUUCCUUUUAGCCAUCAAACCCAGCGAAGACUCGAAAGAGCAGCUCCUUUGCUGGGCCUGCUCCCUACCUUUUGUUUGUCUUCAAUAAGCACAACCACCAACACUUCAACUUUUCCAGAGAAGCCAAACUCAAAGCUGGACCUGGAGCCACGCUCUCAGUGUUCUUGCUGGUUUUCUUUCAGGAUUGCUACAUAUUUCUCGCUUUCCUCUCUGAAGGCUCACACAAAUUUGGAUGAAGAGCCGGCUCUCCGGUACUUCCGGUAUGGUAGUGCUUUUGCAAC